GCCAGAGGGAGCAGUCCAGGGAAGCGGGAGGGAGUGGAUAAUCAGUCUUGGAGGAGCAGAGUUCUCGAACCUCCAAACGUCACUUUUUGAUGGCAGCCCCAGCACAAGCGGUGAGCCAUGGAGGCAGAUUUCUAGAUCUGUCCAAGAAGGCCCCUGCCUCAGCGCUGACAUGCUUUGGAAAUUACUCCGAGAACACCUCCAAGAAGCACAGAGGCUCCUUCCAUUGGGAACAGUGAGUUUUGCUCAAGCCUGGAAGUUGAGGGAGGACUAGACAAAAGCUGCCAGCAAAAAGAGGAAGAAGGACUUGGGGACAGGCACAUUCACCUGGGAAAGGAAAAUGCACUGUGUAGCCUUGUGCAGCUUCUUGUGGCUUUGCCAUCAUCUCUACUACACCCAAGCAGUGCCCAUCCGGAAAGUCCAAGAUGACACAAAAACCCUCACCAAGACUAUCAUCACCAGGAUCAAUGACAUCUCACACAUGUAUUCAAUCUCUGCCAAACAGAGGGUAACUGGCUUGGAUUUCAUCCCGGGGCUUCAUCCUUUCCAGAGUUUGUCAGACAUGGACCAGACUUUGGCCAUCUACCAGCAGAUCCUCUCCAAUCUGUCUUCCAGAAACAUGGUACAAAUAUCCAACGACCUUGAAAACCUCAGGGACCUUCUCCAUUUGCUGGGUUCCUUGAAGAGCUGUCCCUUUGAUGAAGCUGAUGGUUUGAGUUCUUUGGGGAAUUUGGAAGGGGUCAUGGAAGCCUCACUGUAUUCCACAGAGGUUGUGACCCUGACCCGACUUCAGAAGUCCCUGUAUGGCAUGCUCCAACAGCUGGAUCUCAUCCAUGGUUGCUGAAGCCAGAAAAGGUUCCUCUUCCCUGGUUCAUGAAAACCCUAGAGUAGGAAUUUUCUUUAGGUCUCUUAAGCAAAACCUAUGCUUUUGACAAUAUCCUUUAUGUAGGAUUUAAGACGAUACCCUCUCACUCCUCCUAGUCAUGUCAUUCAAGACAAAAUACAUUAUCAUAUUCAGCUGAAGACCAAAGAUCUACAUACAUGCCAAAAUUUGGCUCAAGGAGCCAUUCAAUGAACAGUGGGUACAUCAUAGUGAAAUUCUUACCAAACUCUUCAGCUGUCAACAGGGCUGAUAUCUAUCCCUUCUUCACCUCCUUCCCAACCAUUCCCUCAUUUCCCUCUCAACCCCUCACUAUAUAUUAAUGUGAGUAGUCAUGACUUCAGAUGAUGGACAUAUUCAUCUUUCCCCAGUAACUUCAAAGAGUCAUCAGAAGGUUUCGAUUUGAGGUGACACCUGUGGGAAGCACCAUUUUUAAUUAUUAUGGAAUGGUCCCUAGAAGUAGUUGGCAACUCCUAAGUGGCACGACUUAGAAUCUUUUAUUUAUUGUUGGGUUUUUUCAUUUUUGUUUGUUGUUGUUGUUGUUGCUUUGUUUACUUUUAUGGUCUAUCCCAGACCAACUCGGACUAAGAGUGCUUCAGGAUCAGCACUACCCCUGGAGAAGGAAACCAUGGGUCCUGUUCAGUGACUUUGGAAGUAUCAUGGCUUCCAAACUAGACCCAAUCAAGGCUGCCUGUAAUUAACUCUUCUUCUCCCUUGGAUCUUUGUUUCUACUGUGACUGACUUUAAAUCAAAAUUCAGGUGGCUUCUAUGCCAUCUCAAGGGGAUCACCAAGGACCAAAUUAUUUAAGGAGAAACAAAGAUGAGAAUUGUUCUCAAAUGGAACUUUCAGCAGUGAAAUUUUGGGUAGGGUAGAAUAGGGUGGAAUGGGGUUUAUGUUUAAGUUGCAAUUGUAUGUGUGUGUCCUUUGAAUGAUGUUCUAGAAUAAAGGGUCCUUUCCCCCUCCCUCCCCCUAUCUUCCUACCACAUACCUCAGUAUGAGCAGCCAUUGUGGGGUGCAACUGGUGAUGCUGUGAUGUCAAUUUCUAGGCCCACAUGGCUAACCAGGAAAACAUAUGUCCCCAAAACAACAAAUAGGGUCAGGGAGAAGAGAGGCAGGUAGGAGGCUACAAAUUAUAGUCAGCUAUCUCAAAGAGCCUAUGGAGGUAUUUCAAGGCAUCUGUGGAAAUUAGAGCUUUGAGACUAUGAACAUCUGUUUGCUAAUGGCAGUGAUAAACUUGAGCUUAGGAGCAGAGUAAGUGAGAAAAAGCAUGGAAGGCACAGACCAUCAUCUAGGAAACUGUUGUAGGUAAUGGAUUGGGAGAUUGAGAAUGGAGAUGAAUGAAGGAACCUAAGAACAUGCACACAUAAUUUACUCAACUCCUGAGAAAAGAAUGCAGGCAAGAAAUACCAGAGAGAGCCGGGAAACUGAUUUAUUGACUGUGCUUGAAUCUCUUCCUCUUUCUCUCACACAGAAGACCUGAGUUUGAAUCUUGACUUACAAUGGACACAUCACAUAAGGGAAAGAGGGAAGAAAAUAAGCAUUAAGAUAGUACCUAUUCUGUGCCAAGCACCAUGCUAUGGGCUUUACAAAUAUCUUAUUUUGGGAUAUCUAGGUGGCACAGUGGAGCUCCAGAGAGCUCCAGAACUGAAGUUGGGAAGACCUGCAUUCAAAUUUGGCCUCAAAAACUUAGCAGCUGUGUAUCCCUGGGCAAGUCACUUAGCCCUGUUUGCUUAGCUCUUGUCGGUCUGUCUUGGAGAUGGUACUAAGACAGAAAAUAAGAGAUAUAAAAAAUAAAUAAAAUAAAGCACAAAUAUCUUAUUUGUUAUAGCUUCUGUGUUAUCUGACAUAAACUCUCUGGGCCUCAGUUUCCUCACCUGUAAAAUGAUGGGGUUGGAAUACAUUCACCUUUGAAAUCUCUUCCAGCUCUAAAUCUGUGUUCCUAUGCUCAUCUACUACAUGCUGGUCCUCUCUGUCUUCAGAAGCUGCCCAUCACCAUCACACCAAAUUCCUGCAUUUCUUCUACGUACUUAAUGGGAAACUCUGUCACUGUACUCAAACCAGUAUUUAUUACCUGGAGCUGUCUGGCUCUCCUCAUGGCCUUGGGCUAAUCACUUAUUAUUUACACCACGAAAGUGUCUGUUCUUGAGCCACUGGCAUGAAUUAAUCAUUCCCUUAUGGGGCCUCAAACAAUGCAGAGUCACCCUUUCCAAUUCAUUCAGAUGGCAGAGACAGCAUAGGGAAGUCAGAAAAGCCCUAGAUUUGAAGACAGAGGUGCUAGGUUCAAAUCCCAAGCUCUGCCAUUUGCUUUCUUGGUCAAGUCAUUUAACCAUUCUGAACCUGUUUCCUCAUCUAAAUAAUGAAGAGUUUGGACUGCAUGAUCUUUAAAGCCCCUUCCAGCUCUAAAUCAAUGAUCUGAUGAUAAGGAUUUCCUCUUUCCCAUUGGUGAGUAAGAGCAGGGUUCUUGGUGAAUGGUCCACAGACCUAGGAUGUUUAAAGCCCUUUUGCUUAGAGAUCUGGAUUGGUACUAUUGGGGUAUCAGAAUGAAAGGUCAAUCUUGUCUAUAAGGUUAGCCAGACCCAGAGGGUGAGGGCAUAGAGAAAGGCAUGGGAUUUUCCUCUUUUAGAAUCCUCCAGCCUUUAAAAUACUGACGACCCCCAUCAUCUGAGCCUGCUGUUUAGUUGUUUUUCAAGUUAGAUGAAGUUAAAUCAGUGUGGCUUAGAUAUUGCUUGCUGAAGACUAGACAGUCCCAUUUAUUAUUGUUGUUCAGGAGUUUUAGUCAUGUCUGACUCUUUGUGACCCCAUGGACCUCUGUUCAUGAGAUUUUCUUGGCAUAGAUGCAGGAGUGGUUUGCCGUUUCCCUAGUGGCAAACAGAGGUCAAGUGACUUGCCCAAGGCCAAGCAGCUAGGAAGUUUCCAAGGCUGGGUUUGAACUCAGGUCUUCCACUGUGCCACUUAGCUGCCUUAACCAUAUAUUAUAGGGAGAUAUAAAAGAAAAGACUCAUUGAUUGUUUUCAAGCUGGGAAAAAACAGAAUCUCUACAAAUGAAACUUCUGCCUCUUAUUAUAACAAAAAUAACAAAAGCAUAACUGCAAAGCAAAACAUAUCAGCAAAUGUGAGAUAGGGCAUAAUAAAGCCAAGCCCCUCUGGGGGACCACCAAGGUAGUAAUACUGUAUUGUAAUUAUAGAGCACAUUUCUAAUUUUUCAAACCCCUUGAACAUCCAUUCUCACCUCCCAAUACCACUUCUAAAGUAGGUCAGGCAGGUUUUUAUCCCCAUUUUAGAAACCAGGAAGCUAAAGGAUUAACUUCUAUAAGAUUCAACACCUAGUAAGUGGCGUGAUCUAGUCUCCUGAUUCCCAACUUGUUUGACCAUGGACCUAUCUGGUGAGAGUGACCAUGAUUAAAUAGCUUUGCGCUAGAGAGGCUUCCUGGAAAGGGUGAGUUUUGAGGCAGGUUUUGAAGGAAGAGAAGGAUGAGAAGAGUCAGAGGGAAGAAGAAAGGCUCUGGAGCUGAGACUACAGCCUAUUCAGAUACACAAAAGGGAAAAGGAGCGAGUUAUAUUCUGAGAUUGACUGGGUUGGAGCCAAAGGAGAUGCAAGGUGGGAAAGUCUUAGGAGGAAGGUGCUGAGAAAGGUUUUGAAGGGCAAGGAAGUUUAGAGGUGAAACAGUCAGCAUCGAGCAUCCUUAAGCAAAGGGUGCCAUCACACAAGAUGACCACUGUCUGCUACCUCUUCAAAAUCUCAACCAACAUCAUUAAUGAUCACCUGCUCAUACAGGAAAAAGAAUCUGGUCCCUUCUUUUAUAAAACCUUAUGGUAUCAAUUCUAAAGCCCAACUUCUACAGAAGGGCACAGCCAAACUUAAAUUGUUUGCACUUUUCUCUAUCCUUUGUAGCAAAGAAAACUUCCAGAGAUUCCAAAUAAACUACCUUUGCCCCCCAAAAUGUCUUCAUUUUCCUUUGAUGUUUCCCAAGGAAUUUAGGGUGGUGGGGGUGGAGGUGGGUGCUGUUAUACCAAAGCUUUGAUAAAUUUGAUAAAUCUGGUUUGACACAAUCCCAUCCAUCAAAUGAGGUUAAUUCCACCCUAACAUCCAAUAGAGUCUUCUUCUUCAAUGUAAAGGAUCUCCCCAAAAAAUAUAGAGCUAGCAGCAUCUGAAAAGGAUGUCCCAAAGUCACUGGAUUUCUUUAACAUGUUCUUGAAUUACAAAUACUCCUGAGGAAAAUUUGGCAAAGACCAUCCAUUCUAGAAAAUAGGGCCAAUGAGAAGGGGAUUUUCUUGUUCUUGUGUCUAUGAACUUUUAAAAAAUAUUUUAAGGAGUAUUUUUCAAUAUAAUUAUUUCCUUUGUAACCUUCUGUACUUUAUUUUAUUCAUUUAAAAGUAUGAUUCUGAGUUGGGCUUCACCAGACUGUCAAAGGGAACCAUCAAAAAAGAUUAAGAACCCCUGUUCUAGAGAGAGUGCACCCACAUAAGGGUACCCCACCAGAUUCAUUUCAUAAUAACAUUGCCAAACCUCCCCAUAAAAUUAGAAAGUUCUGUUGUAACAUGCUUCUUAGGGUAGUUUUCCUCUGGCACGAACAAUUACCUAAACCUUAAUAAUUACCUAUAAGGUUGUGAGACCUUGGGCAAGUCACUCUGAAUUCUCUGGAGGCAAGUUCCUCAGCUAGAAAAUGAAGGAGAUGGAGUAGAGGAUCCUACAGAGCCUCCCAGCCCUGAAUCAAUGCUCUAAGAUGGUUAUGUGACUUUUACUUAAAUAGUUCAAGCAAAAAGGAGUUCAUUACUUUAGAAGACGAUCUGCCCGAUAAUUGGAUAAAUCUAAAUUCUAGAAACUACUUCUCCACAUGGAGCUGAAAUCUGCCUUUCUGGGAAAUCUGUAACUUCUCCCCACUAGUCCUAAGUUUUUCCUAUGAGAUCAAGCGGAACAAUUUGGUUCCCUCUUCAGUCUAACAGCCCUUCAAAUAUUCAAAGGAAGAAGGAAUAAGCAUUUAUAUACCACCUAUGAUAUAUGUGUAAUAUAUAAUAAUAUUAUGUACUAGUAUGAUAUAUCAUAUAUUGUGAAAUAUUAUAUUUUUACAAUACAAUAAUAUGUAAUACAUAAUACCUAUAUAUGUGCCAAGCACUGUGCUAAGUGCUUUUUUGAAACUAUUAUCACAACAACCCCUGGAAAGCAGAAGCUAUUGUUAUCCCCACUUUACAGAUGAGGAAACUGAGAUUGGUAGCCAUUAAGUGACUUGUCUAGGGCCACAGUUAUGAAGUAUCUGAGAUUGAAUUUGAAUUUAGUCUUCGUGAUUCCAGGUCCAGCUUUACCCACUACAUCACCUAGAUUUAUAUUCAAAGACAGCUAUGUUCUCUCCCUUUAGUUAACCCCCUGAUUAACCACUAGAAAAUGUUUAAUUCUGAGCUGGCUCUUUAUUGCUAACCAACAGUCUCUUGGCCACCUGCCCUCAACUGCCCAGUUGGCAUACAUUCAGGGAAUGCAGGCUAAUUUUAAUAUUGGCCUAAAUGGAUCAUAAUUAGGGAAGCAAAUGUGCCAGCCUGGGAAACCAUCAGCACAGAUUCUCAGGGACAUUAGAAUCCUGAACUGGAUUUUCUAAAGCCAUUCUAUGCUAGACAAAGCCCCAUUAACGUCAUUCCUGUCAAAUGACCAAACAAAAUGGAAAGGCCUGUCUCCUCCUCCCCCAGACCCAGGGACCCAGAGGGAUCCUACAUCUCGUCAUCCAUCAGCAAACAUUUAUCGGUUGCCCACUCUGGGUGGGAAGCGGUGUUGGGCACUGUAGGGGAUACAGAGAUGGAGGCAGUGUAGUCCCUGCCCUCACAGAGCUUCCUGGCCCUUUGGCAUACCUAGAAGAUCAGGACUAUCUGAAGAAAAUGCCCGAGAGGGAUCAGCACAAUAAAGGAGUCCUUGUUUCAAGGAUGGCAGAAAUUCAAUGGAACAUCUGCGAGGCAUUCUGUGGCCCCAGACUUCCUCUGUUCUCUCAGUGAAAGAGACACCAGUGAAAUCUAUCAUUUGAUGGCUCCGGUCAUGUAAAAUCUACUGCCAAGAAAAGAAAAAUUAAUAUCAUGGCUCCCAAAGCCAAAUAGAAGUGACUUUCAGAUAAUUCAGUGUUUGGGGCUGUCCAUUACCCUGGUCCCCUGUGCUGGCACAAACACUCAUAAGUCAGCCAAACACCUAUAGUUUCCUUUCCACCCUCAUUUCUAGAUCCUUUUCUUGCCAAGCACCACCUAUUCCCCCAAAAAGAGUCAUAAUAAACAACUUCAGGUAAUCUGUGCAAUCAGAGGUUAUGUAUUCUAUUCACCGCUAUAAUACCAUGGAAAGAAUUCUGGAUCAGAGUCAGAGGAUCAUGACUCAAUUCCUGGCUUGGUCUCUUCCUUCCUGUGUAUCUUGGGUGAAUUACAAAUGCUCUGGACCUCAGUUUCCUGUAAAAGAUGGGACUUGGACCUAGAUGGCCUCCAAGGUCUCUCCCAAUUCUGAAUCUAUGACACUGCUGCUGUUGUGGUUGUGGAAUGAUUUUCAGAUGCAUCUGACUCUUUGGAACCCAUUUAGGAUUUUCUCAACAAAGAGACUGGAGUGGUUUGUCGUUUCCUUCUCCAGUUUAUCUUAUAGAUGAGGAAACUGAGGCAAACAGAGUUAAAUGCCUUGUUAAGGGUCACAAAACUAGUAGAUGUCUGAGAUCAUAUUUGAAUUGAGGAAGUUGGGUCUUCCUGACUCCAGGUCUGGUGCUCUAUCCAUUGUGCCCUGUAGAUGCUCCUCUAUGAUACAAAGAGGUUCCAUAGGCUGUGAGGUGUCUAGUGUGGAAAUGGAAUAAAAUUUUAAAAAAAUUAAAAGGGGGAGUGGGUAGGAAAGUACCAUGUGUUGGAUGCCUUGCAAGGAAAACAGAGGAAGGAAGCUGAAGUAGUGAUAAGGUAGACCCUCUCUACAAUACUAGCUAGCCAAACCCUCAAGAAACAGGGUGAACAAGGCCAUUUGGAAUGAUGCCCAAAGGGCUUUAAAAGAACGCCUGCCCUUUGAUCAAAGCAGUACCACUACUAGGUCUGUGUCCCAAAGAGACAGAAAAUGGGGAUGGACCUGCUUGUACAAAAAUAUUUAUAGCUGUGCUAUUUGAGGUGGCAAAAAAUUGGAAACUGAGGGGGUGUCCCUUGAUUGGGGAAUAGCUGAACAAGUUUUAGUAUAUGAUGGUGAUGGAGUACUCUUGUGCUAUAAGAAAUGAUGAGGGGGUGGGUUCAGAAAGAACAGGAAAUAUCUACUUGAACUUUGGAGGAGUGAAAGGAGCAGAACCAAGAGAACGUUGUACACAGAAAUGGAAAUGUUGUGGGACAAGCAAAGUAAUGGACUUCUCUACUAGCAGCAAUGCAAUGACCCAGGACAAUUCUGAGGGACUUAUGAAAUAGAACGCUAUCCACAUCCAGAGAAAGAACCGUGGGAGCAGAAACACAGAAGAAAAACAUGAUUCAUCACUUGUUUAUGUGGGUAUAUGUUUUGGGGUUUUGGUGUAGAAGAAUAAGAUUAUUCUCUUAUGAAAAUGAAUGUGAUAGAAACUGGUUUUGAGCAAUAAUACAUAUAUAACCCAGUAGAAUUGCUUGUCAGUUCCUGGCGAGGGGAGGGGAAAGGAGAGGGAGACAACAUGAAUCAUGUAAUUUUGGGGAAAUUAUGUGCAAAUUGAUUACUGAAAUAAAGUAAAGAAAAAAAUUUAAUGUACCUACCAAGAAAAAUAAAUAAAUAGGAUCAACAACAAAAACAACAACAAGGGGGGGAUUUUCCAUGUUUUUAAGCCAUGCUGCCCCUUUCCCCUCCCUUCUUUCCAUUCCCCUGGUCCCCUCAAAAGGGAUAGAUUCUCCCACAGGCCACUGAAAAAUAAUU